AGCUGAGUGACCUCCCAGAGCAGCCCUGGGCCUGCCCUUCCUCCACACCUCAGUACCUGGGGUGGGCUCUCAGCUUCCGCUGCCUUCACUCUCCUCAUCCUCUCUCGGCAACUUCACCUGUCCUGCAGGCCAGCCCCUUGCCCUGACCUCGGUUCAGCCAGGCCCAGCACUGCUUCCGCCUUCAGUCUAGUACCUUCCACAAUAAAGCAGUUUUCUCCCCACCUUCCUUGGCCCUCUCCCCCUGUCCUUCCUGAGCCCUCUCCCCCACUUCCUCAGCCCUCUUUCCCCUCCCCAGGGCCCUCUCCCCACCUUCCUGAACCCUCUUUGUCCUCCUUCCUGGGCCCUCUCCCUUGCCCUUCUUGGGCCCCCCUCCCCCUGCCUUGCUUCCUCCCUUUGCUAAGCUUGCUCAAGGAGAUGGACAGAAGCCAAGGGCAUGAGCAGACACACAGGUGGAGCAGCUCCCAAGUGUCCCUUGGCCUCAGUUUCUCCACCUAAAGACCUGCAGUGGCCCAGGGAGCUCUCCAUGAACAGAGUCUUCAGCACCAGACACAGGAAGCUUCUGCCCGGCUGCUGUGCAGGGAUGGAAAGUCUGUUUCCCCUGGUUUUGAGGGGAAGGGGCAGAGGAGAAAGGAAAGGCAGCUCAAAGUUGUCCACCCUGGCCCAGGGCCCUUCCUUUCCCUGAUACCCACACACUGCCGAUGGACGACGGGUCAGCCUGUUGUAGGCGUUCCAGGGCUCACUUCAUAAACACGCACCGCAGCGCUGCCAACCCCAGCCUCCCCCACCUACAAAUAGAGCAGCUGUUCCCAAGGGCACAGGGUCUCCCCAGCUGUCUGCUGUCAUCAGCCACAGCCCCCCGGGCAGCAGUGCUCAGCAAGCCCCCAUCAUCUCCAAGAAUAAACUCUGAAGCUGUGGCUGUUGUGGACCUGAAUCAUCGGGAGCGCAGCAGCAGAGGCCUGUCGGAGGAGGGGGGUGACUUCCUGGGACAGGCAAGCCAGCUAUAUAAGCCCAGAAGGCUGGGCUCUGCUUAGAUCGCUCCCACCGGCCACCGCCUGCCCAAGAGGCGCCUUCGGAGACCAGCUCUUGCACAGCACCCACCAUGUCCCAGGCUGGUGCUCCAGAAGCCCCCAUCAAGAAGAAGCGCCCCCCCGUGAAGGAGGAGGACCUGAAGGGGGCCCGAAGGAACCUGACCAAGAACCAGGAGAUCAAGUCCAAGACCUACCAGGUCAUGCGGGAUUGUGAGCAAGCUGGCUCUGCUGCUCCGUCGGUGUUCAGCCGUACCCGGACAGGCACUGAGACCGUCUUUGAGAAGCCCAAAGCCGGACCCGCCAAGAGCGUCUUUGGCUGAGAAGUGCAUGCCAUUCCCCUUUGCCACCCUGAACCCCUAGACACAGAAGCCCAGUCCAAGAGCUUUUUUAAUGCCAGAACACGCCCUUCUUGCCUGCUGUCUCUGGAACUGCCACCCACCCCCACCGCCUGACCCUUCAACUGUGGGACUCUGCACAGCACCAUAGAAACACCAGUAAAGAGGAUGGAUGCCCAAACCUUCUAUAUGGGAUCAGACAACAGCAACUCAAAAGGUUAGGUAGGAAGCUUAGGGGGCAGUGAGCGUACGUUAAUGGGGAUGACUCAGAAAAGGAGGGCGAGAAUCAUUGCCCAACUUGAAGAAGGUAAUCAGUGUCACUGAAUUGUAUUGUGUAGAAAUUGGUAUAUAUUCUCAAUGACAACAAUAAAUAAAAUAAAUUAAAAAAAAAAAGAUGAUGCCCUAGUGGAGGGCAUUGGUUGUCCAUCUGUUGCCACUGCACUGGGGAGUGGGGGGAGAACGGAGUGGAUACGUGGGAACACGUCUGUACCCUUCCCACGCUUUGGGGAGGGUCCAGAGGAUAACGAAAGUGCCAUUAUGGCCACACGCUAAAAAGAGCCCUGGCCGUGAGACCUGGCAUGACCUGUGUGACCUCAGACCAGUCUUUCUCCCUUUCUGAGCCUCAUUUCCCUUCUUUGUACCAGAGGAGAUGAGCCAGAGCCCAUUUCAUAAAACAGGCAUGGUAACACUGCUCAGAGUGAAGCAGAUGGGGCCCGGGUCUCACCCUGUCCCCUACCAUCCACAGAAGCCAUUGAGAUGCUUCCAGGAACCCCAGGACUCUGUGAGAGGUCCCCCGCGCCCUGGCCCUUGCUCAGUCUUGCGACCUGCUAAGAUCCAGAGCAGGUCAAGGCCCCUGUCGGGCCAGUAGUGGGCAGUUCCCUGAGCUCUUCUCUCCUCUCCCAAAAGGCUCCCCCUUUCCACUCCCACAAAGCCACCAGGGGCCCGGCAACGCCAAGGUCUUGCCUCGUGUGUGACUCUUCCCCUCUGUAGGCCUCAGUGUCCCCCUGUGUACACAGAACUCUACAGUGACACUGCUGAGAGUGAAGCAGGUAGGGCCCCAUCUCACUUCGCCCCUGCCAUCCACAGAAGCCACGACAGCAAGGCCAUGGGCAGGUCGACAGCUCACUUCGCCCCUGCCAUCCACAGAAGCCACGACAGCAAGGCCAUGGGCAGGUCGACAGCUCACUUCGCCCCUGCCAUCCACAGAAGCCACGACA